AUGUUUAUGAUUCAGAUAGAAGGGCUUAGGUUGGAUGUUGCUGCUGCUGAAGAAGAAAUUGCAAGGUGGAAGGUGGCACAGUUGUCAGAAGUACGCCAGGAACUUGAGGCAAAGCAAGCUGUAAUAGAGUGGGAGAACAAGCUCAAAUUCAAAGAAGAAACAGCAGUUUCCGAAUGCUGCCAUGGCAACCAGAGACGCAGCUGA